AUGAGAGACGACCAACUAAUUUAUCUAUGGGUUUUGGUCAACUUAUUAGUAACAGUUGGUGCACAUUGCAAUUGUAAAUCAUCUACUGAAAAAUUUUCUGAUUCUACAGCUUUCCUAUUUUUGGAUUAUGAAGUGGUAGCUGUAGCUCUGAUGCCAAAUUCAGCAGCAAAAACUUCCUUUCUCAGCCAAUCACUUGCUUGGCUUCAAGCUGUGAGAGGCAGUGUCCGUAGGUCGACUCAAAUCAUGUUCUCCCGUGUUGAAUUUCGACCUGGUUAUCCGGAAAUCUCAUGUCGAAAUAAACAACUUUCAGCCAUAUCAAAAUUAAAUCUUGUUAUUGAAGGAACACCGGGUACUGAAUUUUAUCCUGGAUUCCAACCACAAGCAAAUGAAAUACAAUUUGUAAAACGUCGUGUAUCAGCUGCUUAUAAUUCUGAACUUUUGAUAUUGUUAGAUUCACAAUGUAUUAAAACAGUAGUUUUGGCUGGUUUAUCUACAUCAAGUGUUAUUUUAUCAACUACACGUCAAUUAGCUGAUAUGGAUUUUAUUAUUUAUAUUAUACGAGAUGCAGUUAUUGAUUCAAAUUCAACUGUUAACGAAGUUUUGCUCGAUUCAGUUCUGACAAGUCAAGCUACUGUGUUGUCGAUCGAUGCAGCUAAAAAGAUGUUAUAA